AUGAGACGCCAAAGAUUUUUAAGUCCUUAAGAGAGAGUGAAGUCUCCUCCUGCUCAUGUUAAUUUACAACUUCCAAUAAAACGGUCUCUGCUGAUGUAGGUAAGAAUUUAAAAUAAUAAGACUGGUCCUUAUGUAUUUGAUUGCUCUUAAGUUAUUGGAAAGGGAUAGUAUUCAGUUGUGUACAAAGGAUAUGAGUAGAAUAAACCUAAUCAAAUUGUAGCUGUUAAGGUUAUUACAAUCCAACCCAACAAUCCAAUUCAAAUGUAUAUGAUCGAAAAUGAGAUCAACACUCUAAAGCUUUUGGAUUCUCCCCAUAUACUUAAACUACUGUAUCAUAACCAAAACAAUAAAUCAGUAUUUCUAGUAACUGAAUUUUGCAAUAAAGGUAGUGAUCUUUUACAAAAAUUAUAACGAUCUCUAAUCUCAGAAGAAGAGGCACUUCAAUAUACUCUACAGAUUGCAAAAGCAUUGUAAACUAUCCAUUAACACAACAUAAUGCAUGGAGACAUAAAAUCUGCAAAUAUAUUACUUUCUGAUAGAUGUGUUCUAGCAGACUUUGGAUUUGCUUAGAAAAUAGAUCAAGCAUAAUAAACCUUUAUCAUUGGAACUCCUCUGUAUAUGGCACCUGAGGUACUCUUUGACAACGAGAUAAAUUGUUAAGCAGAUAUGUGGUCUUUGGGUUGUGUAUUGUAUGAGAUGGUUUUUGGACAAUCACCAUUCUAUUCCGAGAACAAUGAAAUUUUGAAGAUGACUUUAUCAAAGUUCAAAGAAAACGGUAAAUUAUCAUUUCCAAACACUGGGGUUUCUAAAAAGAUUUAAGCUCUAAUCCUGUAUUUAAUCAAGAUUGACCCAAAUCAAAGACUGACAGCUUAUGAUACAGUUGUAUUGCUUGAACCAAGGAGUGUAGACGAAUAGAUCAAAUUAAAUGAAAAUCAAUUAAAAAUCAAACAAGAACUAUUGAACAGAGAAGACAAAGAUGCUUAAGUCUAAAUGCCUCAAUAAUAAUCUAUCAACUUUAAUGAUAGCAAUGCAAAUUCUAACUCUUAAUCAAACUAGACUCCUAUUUAAGAUAUCCAAUCUACUCCUGAUAAUUAAAAGAAUUAGAAUGGUGGUAACAAUUCUUAAGAUGAACAUAGAAGAAGUACAAAAAAUAGUAAUUCAAGUGCUAAGAGAAAAAAACUAUUAUAAUAAUUAAAUAACAUUAAUUAAAGGAAAGUUAAUUCAUAUAUUAAUAACACCCCAACUUAAUAAACAUAAUAAUAAAAUACUCAAAUUUCUGAAGUAAAGAAAGUGCUUCAUAAGAAUAAUUAAAAUCCAUAGUAAAUUAAUGCUAAUAGCAAUAGUGCGAAUAAUAACAUUACUAGUAAUAAUGAUAAUAAUAAUAAUAAUAAUAAUAAUAAUAAUAAUAAUAAUAAUAAUAAUAAUAAUAGCAAUAACAAUAAUAAUAAUAAUAAUAAUUCAAAUAAUAAUUCAAAUAAUAAAACUAUUUCUUUAUUAGAUUUAGUCAAUUAUUUUUACAAAAACUUAAACUAGCAUUUAUUUAUCUUAAACUUGUAAAACAUUUAUUAUUUGGCGUAUUUGGAAGAACAAUCAAAAUAAUAGAAAAAAGUAAUUUUUGUUAGUUGCUAGAAUGAUUAUUUUGAAUUAGAAAGGGAAAUUAAGAAUAAGUAUCCUCAAUGGUUAAAGGAGGAGGAGUUUCAAAAGAUUUUUCAUAGCAAAUUUGUCCUUACAUAAGAUUUUUUGAAAUAUUCACUGAAUUAUUUGAAUAAAGCAGCUGAGGAUCCAUAAUAAGAUGAAAAAAUAACAGAAAAAAUAAAAAAAACACUUCAAAUAAUAUCUAUUCUUGUGUCUAAUGAAAAAAGCAGCUCACUUUAGUUAGAUUAAUAAAUUAUACGGCUUCAUAGACUUAAUUCCAAAGUUUGA